UGGUUUAAAUCAGAUCGAUCGUCUGCGAGGGUUUGCAGAAAAAUGGAAUUGUAGAUGGGGUUUUGAAUUAUCUUUGAUUCAUGUGUCCUAGUAAACAACGGACGUACAAUUCUGUACUUUCUGUCGCGAUUGGCAGAUAGACAGAAUAAUUAAGGUUUUAGUUUAUUUUUCUUCAGAGUGGAUAUUUACUAAAAGGUAAUUUGCCAGAAUGAGAGAAUUUUUGUUAUUACCGGUUAUUCUUACAUUCCUACAAUUUAGACAGAAUCAGUCAUUUUCUGUACAAAAACGACACACAAAGUCAAAUUCAGAUUUAGAUAAUGCUUUAGAAGUGCUGAGAAGAAAACGGAGACGGAUUGAUGAUUCUAAUAUACGAACAAUGUAUGGAGAUUUAGCAAGUCAGUAUUUGCCUUAUGAUGAAUAUGUUCCAGGUGGAUAUAACGAAGAUGAUGUUGGAAAUGAAGAUCUAGCAGAUCAGUAUCAACUUGCUAAAAUCCUCAAUUCAUAUCAAGACCAAUAUAGAGAUGACACCGAUAAUACUAAUACACAAGAUCAGUUAAGUGAAACGGAAACACCAACAAUUGAAGAAAUUAAAGAGAUGUUUGAUGAGAUUGAUAAAAAUGACGGUAAGAAUAAAGUUGAAAGCUCAGAUUCAAAAUCUGAUAAGAAAAGUGAUAAAAUUUCACAACAACAAAUGGACGAACUGUUAUCUGAAGCAGCAAAAGUUCCCACUGAUAAUACAAAAUCGUCAGUAGAUGAAAAUAGCAAAGAAAAUACACCAGAACCGGUUUCACCUGACGAACUGAAAGAUGUCUUUAAAGAAACGAAAACACAGAAACAACAAGAGGGUCUGGGGAAUGCAAAAGUCGGAUCAAUUAGUCAAGAAUACGUUAAUAAUAACCAAGGCAAUUCUUUACUAAAAAAGAAGAAACGUAUGACAAAGCGAGAUAACAACUCAGGAAAAGAAGAAGAGACUAAAGAUGAAAUGCUUUUAAAUCUUGUCCAGGAAGUACAAGAACUACGCGGCAAGGUUGCUAAACUGCAGCUUGUAGAAUAUCUUGAAGACAAAGAGAAUGAUUACUUAGCAUCUGCUUUGAAAGCAGCUACACUAGCGCAACUAGGUAAAGCUGAACCAUAUCUUGAAGAUGAGUAUGGGGAUAUUCAGAAAGCUCUCGAUAUAGAAGAGACCCUUCAAGCUAUCAAAGAAGCAACAGAAAAUCCAGGGGAAGACGAAGAGGCUCCAGUACAAGAAGUUACUGAAAAACGUAGUCAGCCGCCUUUCGAAGAUAACCUAGGUUUGUGGUAUGAUGAACCUGUUCCUGGCCAAGAUCAAGGAGAUGCUCAGCAGAAGUUAGAAGACUUUGUAAAGCAGUACAGACAAAGAUAUGAUGUUGAAGACGAUAAUGAAAAUGAUGUUGAAGAUGAAAGCAUUGUUCCCGAAAACAUUCCUGUUCCAGUCCUCCCGACUACAGAGGAUAUAUGUCCACAGCUUGACCUUCUAACUUCAAACUGUGAGGUUGCUUCUUUACUUGAUAUAGACGAUGAAGCAAGAGAUUUGUGUAACAGACAUGAAGUUUGUUAUAUCUGCGGUGCAACUGUAGGAUUAAAUCAGCAAGAUUGUGAUACUGGAUUCCGAUCAGAAACAGUAGAAAGAUGUAGAACCAGUCAUUGUAUCCAGUCCGGAGCAGAGUUCUUAUGGUUUAUCAAACAAGACCAUAAAUUCACCAACAGUUACAUUGAACAAUGUGAUGCUGCAUGCGUUAAAAAAUACAUCGUUGGUCAAUAGUAUUCAUCAUUCAAAGUUCGUAAACAUUUCACACUUGAUAAUGAAUAUGUGUGAUGUGAUAUACAUGAUAAUGAAUGAAAUGUUAACUUGCAUAAAAUGCAGGGUUAACAUGAAAGGCAAACUGUCCAAACUUAUUUUCAAAUUUCAUAUAUUAUUGACAAUGUAUAUACAUACUGAAAAGGAAUAACUUUAAUGUCAAAGUGUACAACUUUUUCCCUCAUUAAUUUAAUUCUCUAAAUUACAAUCAAACAAGCAGAAGUUUUAAUAUUGACAUUUAAAGUGCAAACGUUUCGCAGUUAAAGAAAAAUACACCUGUUUGUAUAUCCUUUCAUUGAUUGAAUAUCUUCUUGUACUCUGAAAUAGCCAAAUUAUAAAGAACGCGUCUUCGACCUACAACACAUUUCAGCAAAAAAAAAAAAGAAAUAAAUCUUUAAAUAUAGGGUACAGGUUAUCAUGAGCACUAUUUAUCCUAAUCUCGCUGCAACGAUUUUUCAAUUUUUAGUAAAACUUAAGAAUUGAAAAAAUGUAUAAAAAUAAACGCCAAUUACACAAAGCAUGUUGCGACGUCUUAAUACCUCUUAAUAAACUUCAAUUAUUUGCUUAUAAAGAUAUAUGUUGUGGUAACUAACAUUGUGUGUUUUCCGCUCUCUGCAAAAAUAGAAACGUUUUUUGUAGAAGAAUAUAUAUGCAGUAUUCGUUUGAACUCUAUUCCUAAGUAACUUAAAGUAUUAAAUUCUGUAACCAAAGACGGAUAACUAUUUUCCGUAUCAUUAAAACAUUUAUCUAAGAAUAAUUUAGACAUUCAACUAAAACGUGAAACAAAAUUAAAUUGGAAAAUAUUACAUACAUUUCAAUCAUACUUCUUAAGUUUGUCUUUAAAGCAAAGCAAAUACACAAACUAGAGAUAGAUUUUAUAUUUUAUCAAUAGCUAUAGUCUAGUAUUUGUAUGCUUUGUUACCAAUGUUUUUUUCUGAAUAAAGAGAUUUUGAACGUU